AUGGAAGAGCUGGAGCACUGCUCGGGCGACGAGAAUGCGCAGGCCGACGUAUCCCGGCUAAUGAUCUACUGCCAAUUGACCGCAGGCAUACUCUCAGCCAUCACAGCCCCAAACCUAGGCUCACUCUCCGAGACGAUCGGCCCUAAACCAGCCCUCUCCUGUAGCACGAUCGGUGUCCUCCUAUGCAAUGCCAUGAUGCUUCUAAUCCUGCAGCAUCCGGACUUUAUCGACCUGCGCUGGGUGCUAAUCGGGUACGCGAUCGAGGGCCUCGGCGGGAUCGGCGUCGCAGUCCUACAUGACGGACCUAUCGAGACCGCACGAGCGCGCAGCUUUACUCCGCUACAUGCAGGCAUGCACUUCCUAGUCGCGUCGAUGAACUCCUUCGAGGGCGUGUACUGGGUUUCCUUCUGUGCAUAUCUGCCACUGACUCUGGCCUUCAUCUUCAUCCUGCCCUAA